UACUCUGCCCAACAAAACAAAGCCCUCCCGGAAGUGCUGUUGAAACUUGAGCAGUGACAUCACGAUGAGUAAGUUCGGCUGCUAAAAUCACUGCUGUGUUGACGUUGAACCGCUCAGCACCAUACCAAAUAAUGGCAUACACGGGUGACCCAGAUGAAACGUUUGAUUAUUUAUUCAAAAUCGUUCUUAUCGGAGAUGCUGGGGUCGGAAAAACGUGCGUGGUUCAGCGAUUUAAGUCGGGCACGUAUACGGAAAAGCACGGGAGUACCAUAGGUGUCGACUUUACAAUGAAAACUCUCAACAUAGACGGAAAAUUUGUUAAGUUACAGAUCUGGGACACUGCAGGGCAGGAGCGGUUCCGAACCAUCACACAAAGCUAUUACCGUAGUGCCAAUGGUGUGGUCAUUGCAUAUGACAUCACUAAGCAUUCUACUUUCGACAACAUUCCACGGUGGAUGGAAGAUGUCAAACGCUACGCAGGAAACAGUAUAGUUCAGCUUUUAGUUGGCAAUAAGGCUGAUCUUGAACAACUUCGAGAAGUGAGGAAAGAAGAGGCUGCAGCAAUGGCACGGCAACAUAAUAUGUUGGAUGCCUUGGAAGCUAGUGCUAAAGACAACACAAACAUAGAUGAAGCCUUUUACAAAAUUGCAAAGGAAUUGAAAAGAAGAUACGGUGGGGACUCUGCUAUGGACAGCAGCAAAGGCGAUGCACUGAAGUUAAGCUCUCGAUCCAUUGGUGGCAGUGGAUGGAGCUGCUGUGGCAGCUAGUUCUUCACAGUAAGCAAGAAAAUCCUUGCUUCCAAAAUCAACACUCAGGCAGAGGAGAUAUUUCUGCUUAAGACUGUAAAGCUUCCACUGUAUUUUUAUUGAUAAACUAAUUUAAUUGAGAAUAAAUCAUAAAAAUUUUAAUAAUAGAAACUGUUGGAUACCCUAAAGGUACUUAUUAUAGGACCUAUGAUAGUGGGUUUUUAUUUUUGGUAUUGUUGCCAUCAACUUCAGGUCAAUUGCCUACACCUCAGAGAUAUAAUUAUGUAUAUUAUCUACAGGUGACUAAUGCAUCUGACAGAACAAGGUCAUCGACAGAAUACUACAUAUCUAAGUGCAGUUAACAAAACAGUUAUUUCUUUUGUUUCCCCUCAUAUCUAUCCUUGGAAACUUGACACACACUUAGAGGAGACUUUCAAACACAAGAGCAUACAAAAUUGUACUUAUCUCUGCAUCAUCUUGAUGCAGAAGCAACAUUUAUUGUUGUGAAUAGUUUCAGUUCUCCAGUAUCUGUUUCAUGGGUACCUGGCAAUGGGAUUGGAUGUUUCAGAAAUAUUCCAACAGAUAUCUAGUCCAUUCCAUUCUAGGUUAAAGUAUGAAGGGUAGCCAUUAUGAAUUCGUGUCCAUAAAAAAACAGCUAAUGGUGACAGAUGCAUACUUCAAUUGCCAGAUACUGUAUACUGUUAUCUUUGUGUGUUUGUGUGUGGAUGCUCGUAAGAUUUCUCUUUUUUUUUUUUUUUUAGAACUUUUUUAGAGCUGUAGUACCUUUAAUUAUCUUUAUUCUUCGGAUUAAAAAAGAGAGGGUACAUACAUCGUACAGAGAGUAAGACAUACUUCAAGCUGCAAAUGGAUUUUGGGGUUUUGGGUUUUUUUGUGGUGGGGAGUUGCUUAUUUAAGCAGAAAACACAGCAGCAAAAAGUUUCCAACACUAUUAAAUUUACAGAAAUAUGAGGAGAAGCUUUUGAAAAAAAAAUCAGUGAUUUAAGGUAAAGGGGGAUAAAUUUAAUGUUUAUUGGUCACUGAUUCUUGUGUUCAUUUUCAUUGAGUCAUUCCUAUGGGGUCUGUUAAUUUCUUUAAAAUUUAUUGAUUUUAAUCCCAAAUAUUUCAGUCAAACUGGCAUAAAGAAAAGUCUUUAAGUUGUAGAAAUAUCAAGAACCAUACUUCACAUAUUUCAUUUCAUUUAAACACCUAUAUUACUGUUUUGUCCUUUUUUUGUUGUUAUUUGGUUAAUCAGUCAAGUCUUUCAGAGGAGGCUCUGUUUUAAAGUUAAAUUAUAAGCAGUUAUCUGUUUUAUCUUUUAAAAAAAAAAUCAAUCAUACUAAGAGACUUUUUAAGUAUUAAGUAUCUUAUGUACAAUGUAAUUAUUUAUACUGCCUCUGUUCAGAUCACGUUUCUUGUGCAGUAAAGGUAGGAUAUUUUUACUUUCAUUGCAUGCAGCAUCUACUUAUAGCUGUGUUGCCUUACCAGUGGGAUAGGAGAUGAUUAUCUGAGGUGUGCAAAGCUUCUUUAUUAAGAGAUACACAGUUGCAUUCAACUGUACUGGCUCCUACUGAGGAGAUGGGAAAUGCUUGCCUCAGAAUUAACUCUCCUUUCUCUGCUACUGGGAUUUAUCUAUCCUACAGCUCAAUGAAACUGCAUAAUAGUAAUGUACUGGAGCAUCAUUCAGAACCCCCAAAGGCUGUGAUGACUGCCACUGUCUUCUAGGAUUGCAGGCAUCUCAGGCAGUAAAGAGCUAAUUCCUCCAUUGGUUAUUUUGCAAGUAAGGACUCUGCAGGCAGGUUUGGGCUAGCAGAGAGUCUUCCAGGAAACGUCUUCUUUUUCAUGAGGGAAAAGUGCUUCCUGAAUUGUCUGAUUGAAGAGAGGCAGAAGGUAGAACUUGUAUGCCAGUCCAUUUUGUUGUGUGCUUAAGCUCCAUGCUACCACAGUGUAAGACCAGGAAUGUUUGGUAGAAGGAAAACUAAACCUUUACACUCAAGAAAAAAGUAGCACACUGGAGUUUUCGACCAGCAAGCUGAGUAGUGUGUUCAGUGCACACCACCCAGAGGUGAUCUCAGAGCACGUGGCAAAACAGGACUGUUAUAGAAUGCCAGAAGUUGGUGUCGUCCUCAGUCUUUACUGAGAGAAGGUUUUACAACCAUGAUGUAAACAGCUUCCUUCACCCCUCUCUGGAUCCACUGCACCUCACAGAACAAGAUGGUGACAUCAUCCACAGAAAACAUAUGUUGGCUAUUAUGCAUGUUUCCUCCAGUGAAGAUUCCCUUCUAUGCUUAGUUUCAGUGAUGUAAUUUUUAUUUUUGUUAGACAUGGAUAUGCUGUAUUUCCAUAAAUUCUAACCAGUUUCAUUUACUGUUUGACAAGAAAAUCUCCACUAAUUCUUCAAUCUUUACAAAGUGAAUCUUUCUUGCUUUUUUUUGUGAAUCUUUUUAUCUCUAACAGUAUAAGCUAGAAGGUGCAAAAUGCAACACUGACUUUUGUGUUGGCACAGUUGUGUGGUGAAAAUCUUAAUUUGAUGAUGGAAAUUAUUUUUCAUAUGUAUAGUUGAUUUUUGGGUUGUCAUUUAUGCUAAAUUGUGAAUAUGAACCAAUUUUAAUAAAAGAUAUCUUAGAAAUGAUAUCUGCUUUUAUGCCAAAAAUGACAAAACACUUUUGUUAUAGUAAUAGUUGUUCUCCCAGUUUUGAUGUGCAUUUAGAUGCUGGUCUGCUGAACAAGCUUUUUUGAGUUUUGUUGUUUUGAGGAGCGGAUGUCUAUGUAGUUAUGCACUGUUCCGGUUCAAUAUCUGUGUGGCACAGCAAACUUUCCAUGUUCAUCCCAGCUGCCAGGAAUAGGUACCUCACUUUAAAGUGAGUUGGGUGAGAUAAAGAAGCGAGGGAGAGGAAAUGGGCACAGCCGUCACAUAAAGCUGGUCCCUAGGAAAGGAGGUCUCCAAUACCUUACUCCUAAACAAUCCCCCAAAAAUUAGGAGACGACUUUACCUUUUGUCAUUUUGAUGGGUGAUUUUAUGUUUCGGCUUCUUAUUCUUUUUUUUUUUUUUUUUGAAGCCAUUUGAUUUUUGUGGGAAAACAUAUCUAUAUGUAACAAUAGAUCAAAAUCACUUCUGGAAAUAAUAUAAUAACCAUUCAUGAAGAAGGGAAGACCUGUCCCAUCUUUAUAAUUGGUCUACACAGGGAAAUUUUGUUGCCAAUCUACUGAGUGACAACACCAUUCUAUCACAGCAGCCACAUUUGGCUUUUGAUUUGUCAAAGCAAUCUGAAUUAAUUGCUGUUUCUUAUGUAUGGUACUCAUAAGUGGGAAACUGUGACACCAUGACACAUAUUUUGGUUUUGGCAAUGAGUGUAGUUCUUGAAAAGAAGUUUGAGGAUUGUUUUAUUAAUCACAAUCAUUAGACCUUCAUGUUUGAUAUACUCUUCUCUAAACAAUCAGUCAUUUGUCUCAUGACUGGCACCUGUUGUUGGGAGGAGUUCGUGGCUAGACGCAGCAGCUAACAAGGCCCGCCACUUACCUUGUGCCACUGGUGCAAAAGAUCUUUGUGUUUGUUCUAAUGCCUCACUUUAAACAAUUGUGUAGUUGUUGUUAUGUGAUGUAUGAAAACAUUCAUAUCUGCUUAUGCUGCUUCUUGAUGCUAAUCUCUAUUUAUCCUGAUGAUAGGGUAUAAUGUGUGAUAUUGUGUCUUUUUUCUAUGGUUGUGUUGAUGUAUUAACAAUUGUGCCAGUGCUGUUGUGCAUCUGCCUUUUAGAGAAAGGAUACAAAAAUGUUAUUUCAGUUGUUGAUGACUGUGAAAGACAGCUCAUGGAGAUUAUGUUUGGUAAAGGGAUGGCAAGUUCAGGAGGUCAAGGGUUAUGGGAUCAGACAUGGAGAAUAUUGGCAGGUAAGGUGUCUUACAUCCCUUUGUCAUCAAUUUUCAAACCAGAGUUAAAUCUGGAGUGAAACUCAUAAAAGUAUGUUUUGUAAAAUGAAUGUUAAUAGCAAUGUGGGGAAGAUUUUGUGGGGUGUUGUACAAAAAAUAUAAAAAUAACAAUGUUUUCAUGUUGAAAUUGCAUUUGAAAAAUGUUUCAGUUUAUAACCAGAUCUCUGUUGGAAUUAAAGGGAGAGAAAUGUGUUCGUGCUAAACCUGUAGCAUUUGUAAAUGUUUACAAAAGAAGCAGGGUGUAGUAGCUUUUGAUGUGUUCAUUUUUUUGCUUGUAUUCAAUUGUAAUCUGUUCUCCACAUGAAAAUAAAAUGUUAAAUCUAUGUUCAAAUGCAAUUGUCGAGGUUCUUUAAUCUGUAAUGGCUAGCCUGUUGGACUUUGGAGCAGAUCACUGGUUUGAUGUCUUAUCGAACCUGGGACAAAACAUUUCCCUGUUCACAUAGCAGGAAUGGGUACUUGAUUUAUUAUGGAAGGUAAAAAGCAGCCAGUGGAAAACGGUGCAAACUGCCUUUCUCAUGUUAUGCCCUAGAUGUUGUAAACCACUCACAGUUCACUGCUUCUAUGACCACUGAGCUAGGGAACCUUUUUAUUACCUACUUUGUAAUUCUUUGCAGAACCAUUAUAGUAUUUUGAAUGUUAAAUGUUUUCUGGUGUUUUUUCCCCGGCUCAGAGCAAAAUCUGAUGUGUUUUUUGUUUUCUUUACAUCAGCUGGGAGGUCAAGAGAUCGGGUAAAUGAAGCAGUAUGAUUGCCUCUGCUGUAGUUCUGGUUAUCGUUUUGCUAAUAUUUCGACAUGGAAAAAUAGUUAGCAUUGAUUUUGUAUACUGUUUAAUCUUCCUCAUUAGUGAUAUUAACGAAUUAAUCAGACUUUGCUGCUAAAGAUGUAGCUCUCACUUUGCACAAAACAAUUUUUGUGUAUGUGUAUCUACAUUUUGUGUAGGUGCACAUGCACAUCCACCUGCAAACAUUUGUGCACCUGAAAAUUUAUGUAAGUGCUGUUUACUUGCUGGGGAACUAGCUGCAACAGUAAGGGGCAAGUUGAUAUAUGACAUUUAAUAUUGUGUUUUGUUCCUUUUCAUGUGAUAAUUGUACACUUUUUAUCAUCAUUGAAGCUUUUCUUUUUACAGAAAAUGCUAGUUUGCAUGUGUUAGGUACAACUUUCUGGUGGUCUCUGAAGCUACUUGCUACAUUUAAGUGAAAACAAUAUUAUUGUUAUACUUUUACAAAGCUGAUUUUAUUCAAAAGACAAUUUAUAAAACUUUCUCCUGUGAGAAUAAAAUAAAUUUAAAUGUAUAAACUGUACUAUGUUAUCAUGUGCUUCCUGACAACCUGAUUGAUAAUGGGUGUGCUGCUGCUAAUAUUCACAUUUAACUUUUCAAAUUUUUUUGUCCAUGUGGUUCUCCAAACUUUUUCUUUAAAGUAAGAAGUCAUCUGUGAAUAAGAUCAUUCCAGUAUAUCUAUUUCAUUAAUCUAUUUCUUUUUUUACAUUUAAUUUAGAAAUGGAACCUCUUGAAGCAUUGUAGCAACCUGAGUGCCUGACAACAUUAACUAGUCAUUAGCAAAAUAGAAACUGAUAUUAUGCAUCAGAAGGUUCAAACACACACGUCAGCAUUCAGUAAAUUUUGCCUUUUACAGAAUCUGAUUGUAAACGUUCUUAGUCCUCAAAGCUGUAUUUGUUGGGCUUUCUUAGAUGCAUGUCAGUUUUAAUAGGAAAGAAAAUAAGUUGUUUUUUAAAUAUUACUAUUUAGAGUUGUUCACUCAGUUGCAUAACUUCUCACUGUUUCACUUCAUUCACUUUUUUUUUUUAUGUUAUCUCAAAAUUUGGUGCAGGUAUUUUUUCACAUUUUUUUGUAUUAUUUAUAGAAUGGUGGUGUUGUAUAGUCUUUGUUAAUAAGCCGGUGUUUUCAUUAACAUCCACUUUGUUGUUAUUCAUUUCAUUAUAAAGCAUUACUGGGUCUGGGCAGCUUUUUGUUAAUAUGCGUGAGAACUUGCAGAAGUUUAUAUGGGUAUGUAACAGCACAAGAGAAGGUUGGUGUGCUGAAGGGUUUUAGAUGCCACCUAGUUAGGUUCAAGUAGUUUCAAAGAGCGGUUUUUUAAAAAGUGUAUGUAAAACCAGGGAGUUGUAGUGAUGUUAAGCUUUAUGCGUAUUCUGAUCCUGCCUUGCUACACAAAGUAUAUCCUGGCAUUUUUUUCUUAUCUAGGACGGGUUCGUUGAAGUGUGAGCUGAUGGUUAUGUAUUUUAAUCAUUUCAAAAGAUCUAGUUUUAUACUUUUAUUCAAUUUCUUAUUUAUUUGUCAGUAAGGUCUGUGCUAUAAAAUAUCGUCAAGAACAUGUGCCAUUUAAUUUGAUUGUAUGAAUGAUGUGACACUUGAUUUAAUAAAGGCAAAAUCCAUU